CGGCUCCAGGGAGACCUAACAGAUCGCAGAUGGCGGGUUUGCUCCUCAGGCAGAAGUAGAGGAUUGUCAGAGCCAUGGAGCGGGUUUGGCUGUGCGGCUUCUUGUGGCGGUGGAUGAUUCUCGGGUUGUUCUCGGUCUCUGCUGCAGGCGAAGAGUGGAAGAAGAUCAGAGAAAGCAUUUCUGAGGCUGUCGCAGGAUUCUCUCCCUGCAGCCCUGUCAACUGCAGCUGCCACCUGAGUGUCCUACAGCAUGACCUGCGGCCCUUUAAAGGACGCAUCUCUGAGGACUUUAUGGCUGCGACUGUCCAGAGAGGGGUGGGCACCCACUACCAGAUCAUCGGUCACAAGUUGUACAGGGAACACAACUGCAUGUUUCCUGCCAGGUGCAGCGGAGUGGAGCACUUCAUCCUGGAGGUGAUCGACAGGUUACCGGAUCUAGAGAUGGUGGUCAACGUCAGGGAUUACCCUCAGGUCCCCACCUGGGUGCAGCCAACCCUGCCUGUCUUCUCUUUCAGUAAGACCUCAGACUACCAGGACAUCAUGUAUCCUGCCUGGACAUUCUGGGAGGGCGGACCUGCCGUGUGGCCCAUAUACCCCACUGGACUGGGGAGGUGGGAUCUGAUGAGGGACGACCUUAAAAAGUCAGCAGCUCAGUGGCCGUGGACGAAGAAAGAGUCCAAAGGAUUCUUCAGAGGCUCUCGGACCAGUCCAGAGCGAGACCCGCUGAUCCUCCUGUCCAGAGAAGCUCCAGAGCUGGUGGAUGCAGAGUACACGAAGAACCAGGCCUGGAAGUCUGAGAGGGACACACUCGGGAGUCCCCCGGCCAAAGAAAUCCCACUGGUGGAUCACUGCAAAUACAAGUAUUUAUUCAACUUCCGGGGCGUGGCGGCCAGCUUCCGCCUCAAACAUCUCUUCCUCUGUGGUUCUCUGGUGUUCCAUGUGGGGGAUGAGUGGCAGGAGUUUUUUUACGCUCAGCUCAAGCCGUGGGUUCACUACGUCCCCGUCAAGCAGGACCUCUCAGAUGUCAGGGAGCUCCUACAGUUUGUCCAAGAGAACGAUGCCAUCGCGCAGGAGAUCGCCUCGAGGGGAAAAGAAUUCAUCCUCAACCAUCUGCGGAUGCAGGAUGUUUCCUGCUACUGGGAGAAACUUCUCACUGAGUUCAGCCGCCUUCUCACCUACAAACCCAAGAGAAGGACCGACUACAACCAGAUUGUCCACAGACCCAGGAAGACGGAGCUGUGAGGCGGAGAUUCAGGAAGGGAAACUCCAGAUACUGAAUGUAAUCCCUCCGCCACAACAGAUGAUUGAACAAAAUCACUCUACAGUAUUUUUAGACACCUUUAUUUCUAAUGAUGUUUUAAUUAGAUGUCGUGAAUGUAGUUUACUGAGUCGACCUUCGUUUUGCUGCCAUAUCUUCAGGUGCCACAGUUUUGCCAAAUAUUCAUCGACCAUUUUCUGGUUAAAUAAAACAAAUCAUGUUUUUCCGUCCCCAUGUUAAAGGGACAUUCCACAGAUUUAACCUGUCGAUCAAAGGCAGUUUACUCCUCAUGAGCGUCACUACUCAGCCGUUAAACAGUUGGAUGUUUCCUUUGGCUCUGGAGGAGGAGAACGUAUUUUCAGCACAGAGUGUAUUUAUAACCUGGGAGUGGAGGGUUAGAAAUAUGUGGCCGUGAAAGUUGAAGGAAAAAUGAUCAAGUUACAUUUUGGGAAAUGCAGGAUCCCACUUUUAAAGUUUGAAAGAGUUGUGAUGUUCAUUCCUGCCUCUCGAACUUGUUUUGGUGAAUGAGUGCCUGCACCUUCUCCAAGGCCUAUAUAUCUUUACUUGAAGCAACGUCCCCCUCUGCUGGAAAACUGGAGACACUGCAGGCGACUGACACCAACACAUCCUUACACUGCAUGAAAUUCUUGUUUAUGCAAACGAUGCAAUAACAAUGUCACUGUCUAUAAUUGAAUGGCCUCUGACACAACUUGUUCCAUAACUUAAAAGCACAAAAGAAUGUGACAUUCCACACCAAGUGUCAUGAGUAACAGAAGAAGCCUUUUAUUUUGAUAUGUGGACGUUCUCAGCCUUUUCUAAAGAAUCUGUGUGUGUGUGAUGAGAGAUGAUGUGUGAAUGACACAGGACAGUGUUGAAUAUGUUGUAGUAUUCACGUUGUACUUUGAACCAGCAGAGGUCCGUGUCCUUUUGUCCAGACGUGUGGUGAAGACGGUACGUGCCAAUGUAGAUUUGACCAACACGCUGUGAUCAUGUGACGUCCAUGUUGUUGUGCUGCAGUUUUGUUUUUAUGCCAAUAAACUGUUUGGUUCUUAAACGA